AUGAGCGGGUAUGGGACGCUGACGUGGGCGAAUGGGGAUAGCUACGAGGGGGAGUGGGAGGCGGGGCUCGAACACGGCGCGGGGACGUUCAAGUGGGCCGACGGAAGCUGCUUCGAAGGCACGUGGAGCAGGGGAUUGAAGGACGGCAAAGGGUUGUACUUUCCGAAAGGAUAUGAGGAGGGAGAGGAAGAGGAGGAGUGGGUGGAGGAGGAGGGAGCCGGGCCGAGUGACAAGGCAGCAGGGGAAGGGCUCAGUAUUGACACUACCGCAGCAGGUGCAACAGCCGCAGGUAAUUCUGAUAAGCGCCCCAGCACCAGUAGCGCUAUCCACACUCCCAGAGGGGGUAACAAGGCAAUUCGCCCCAGCAGCAGUGCGGGCGUACUCAGUAUUACCCCUUCUGGUACUGGGCCGAAAAACUUCAGCCGGAGCGUGUCUGUGAUUGGUGGAGGGCGGGCUGGGGCGCUGCGGGACUGGAAAAGAAAGGAGGCGCUGGAACGGCAGUGGGCUGAGUGUGAGUUAAAAUUAGGUAAGUCGGAGUCUGUUCCCGGACCUGCGCCACUGCAUCGGGGCGCUAGGGGUGGGAGGCCGUGGGAAAGCUGUAAGGAGCGGGGGGGGAGCGUAGGGUCACGCUGGGAGGAGACGGUGGGGAGGAUUGCGGAGGAGGCUGCUGAAGUGGCGGGAAUGGGGACGGGGGAGAGGGGGGAGGAGGAGGUGGGGAAGGGAGGGGCGGAAGGGGAGGCUGGGUCCGCGGGUGUGAGUGUAGCGGGUGUGACUGAAGGAGGGAUGGCGGUAGAGAAUGUGGUUGUUGGCAGUGAGAGUGGCGAUGCUGUGACUGAUGGAAGUGGAGCUACUGCUGCUGCUGCUGCUGCUGCUGCUGCUGCAGCUGGUGCUGCGGGUGCGGGCGGAACAGCAGAGGCAGUAAUAGGAGCAGAGCAGAAGACGGAGGGACAGGUAGCAGGCAAAGAGAAGGGAGUGAAGCAGGGAGGGGACGAGGCGACUGCUGCUGCACCCAAGCUAUGGAGAAUGUGGAGCAAGGAGAAGGAGAAAGACAGGGAUACCCCUCAGCAGCAGCCGUCGCCACAGCAGCAGGGAGAGCAAGGAAAGAAGGGGCGCCACUGGUCUCUUCGCUCCACGAAAUCAUCUGCAGCAGCAAAGCCCUCAACCCCAUCCCUCAACCUCCCCCACGCGGCCUCCGAGGGAAGCCUCGGCGCCGGCGCCAGCAAUAGCGGCACCACCCGUAGAAGCAGCGUUGACAGUGCUGGCGCUGGUGGUACUCCGUCCACCACCACUGCUGCUGGUGGUGGUCGUCAGAACAAGCCCUCUUCAAAAGCAGCCGCGGCGAAGCUGACUCGCGUGUUCACUAUGGGCCCUGUUCCUGCUAGGGAGAACAGCGGCCGGGUUGACAGUUCGGUGCAGAGCGGUGCUGGGGGCGGGUUAGUGGGAUUGGUGCGUGGGUCGUCUGUGGGUUCGGCGAAUGGGGAGGAGGGGGAUGAGGGGCGGGCGGGUGCGGACGGGGAUCGUGGUGGGAGCACUGCUGCAGACAGGCACACAAGCUCGUCUCAUGAGAGCGAAGCAGGUGCCGACUCUGCUCUGGACUCGCUGCAUUCAGCCCAGGAAAGUGAAGCGGGUGCCGACUCUGCACUGGACUCGCUGCGAUCAAGUGCCAUGUUCUCAUCCGGCCGCACGCAGAGACAGCGCAGGCGGCACAGCAAGGUGGUCACAGUGCGGGAGUACGUGCAGGGGGUGAUGGUGGCAGAAAUACCACGUUCCAAGCUGCAGCAUGACCUCGUGAGGCGGCGUGGACCCACACGCAGGGCGGGGAGGAAGGCGGGCGAGCUGAUAUACAAGGGCCACCGCAGCUACGACCUCAUGACGGCCAUACAGCUGGGGCUCAGGCAUUCCACAGGGCGGGCAACACCUCCCCCAGUUGCCCCUUCUGCAGCUCCUUCCCCCCCACCGCCCAUCCCAGCAGCACCCACCCCCACCACACCUCCCACAGCCGCACCUGCCUCAGCUGCACCCUCCCCAGCUGUCCCAGCUGCACCAGCCGCACCAGUUGCACCAGCCGCACCUUCCCCAGCUGCACCUGCCUCAGCUGAUCUACGGCCGGAGGACUUUGAGGCGGCAGACAGGAUGUGGUUCCCCCCGGAAGGCUCCUCCUGCACGCCGCCCCACAACACGCUGCCCUUCACCUGGCGCGACUACGCACCCAAGGCCUUCAGUGAGCUGCGCGCAAUGUUUGGCAUCGAUCCAGCAGACUACACACUGUCUCUCUCCUACUCUGUGCAAUUAACCCCUUCACCCAACCCAUCCUUCUUUUGCUCCCCUUCAUUUCCCCCCUCCAGUGAGCUGCGCGCCAUGUUUGGCAUCGAUCCAGCAGACUACACGCUGUCUCUGUGUGGCGACAACGCUCUGAGGGAGCUGUCGUCCCCGGGCAAAUCCGGGAGUGUGUUCUACCUGUCGGACGAUGAUAGAUUCAUUAUCAAAACCAUGCGCGCGUCUGAAGUGCGGGUGAGUGGAGGAGUAGGGGGAGGGGCAGACGGGGGAGCAGAGCAGGAAAAGGGGAAGAGCAUGAGGGCAAGUCUGGGAGUGUAUUCUACCUGUCGGACGAUGAUAGAUUCAUUAUCAAAACCAUGCGCGCAUCUGAAGUGCGGAUGCUCGCGCAGCCUCUUCCCCGCAUCGCCCUUCCUCACUGCCACCCAAAACACGACCACCAACUCCCCCGGUGCCAGCACCACCGUCAAUCCCCCAACCGCCACUACCACCAGCAGCAGCACUGCAAGUGCCACCCACCCCUCCGUACCCACAAAUCAACACCAGCAGCACCAACAGCAGCACCAAGACCAACACCCGGACCCCCACCAGCAGCACAAUCCGCAGAGGUAUCGACGGCGGCGGCGGUUACACACGGUGCUCUCGUCCCCCUCCACGCUGAUCCGCUUUGUGGUCAUGGCCAACGUGUUUGUCACCGACCUGCGCAUGCACCGCCGCUUCGACCUCAAGGGGUCGUCGCAGGGGAGGAGCACGGAGAAGGGUUGUCAUGCACACACGGUGCUCUCCUCGCCCUCCACGCUCAUCCGCUUUGUGGUCAUGGCCAACGUGUUUGUCACCGACCUGCGCAUGCACCGCCGCUUCGACCUCAAGGGGUCGUCGCAGGGGAGGAGCACGGAGAAGGUGGCUGUUGACGAGACAACUACUCUCAAAGAUUUGGAUUUGGACCUCUCCUUUCACAUGCCCGCCUCGUGGAGAGCCUUAAUGCACAGGUGCGUCCAUGCACCGCCGCGUCGACCUCAAGGGGUCGUCGCAGGGGCGCAGCACAGAGAAGGUGCGUCCAUGCACCGCCGCGUCGACCUCAAGGGGUCGUCGCAGGGGCGCAGCACAGAGAAGGUGGCAGUGGAUGAGACCACUACACUGAAAGACCUCGAUUUGGACCUCUCCUUUCACAUGCCCGCCUCGUGGAGAGCCUUAAUGCACAGGUGCGUCCAUGCACCGCCGCGUCGACCUCAAGGGGUCGUCGCAGGGGCGCAGCACAGAGAAGGUGCGUCCAUGCACCGCCGCGUCGACCUCAAGGGGUCGUCGCAGGGGCGCAGCACAGAGAAGGUGGCAGUGGAUGAGACCACUACACUGAAAGACCUCGAUUUGGACCUCUCCUUUCACAUGCCCGCCUCGUGGAGAGCCUUAAUGCACAGGUGCGUCCAUGCACCGCCGCGUCGACCUCAAGGGGUCGUCGCAGGGGCGCAGCACAGAGAAGGUGCGUCCAUGCACCGCCGCGUCGACCUCAAGGGGUCGUCGCAGGGGCGCAGCACAGAGAAGGUGGCAGUGGAUGAGACCACUACACUGAAAGACCUCGAUUUGGACCUCUCCUUUCACAUGCCCGCCUCGUGGAGAGCCUUAAUGCACAGGUGCGUCCAUGCACCGCCGCGUCGACCUCAAGGGGUCGUCGCAGGGGCGCAGCACAGAGAAGGUGCGUCCAUGCACCGCCGCGUCGACCUCAAGGGGUCGUCGCAGGGGCGCAGCACAGAGAAGGUGGCAGUGGAUGAGACCACUACACUGAAAGACCUCGAUUUGGACCUCUCCUUUCACAUGCCCGCCUUGUGGAGAGCCUUAAUGCACAGGUGCGUCCAUGCACCGCCGCGUCGACCUCAAGGGGUCGUCGCAGGGGCGCAGCACAGAGAAGGUGCGUCCAUGCACCGCCGCGUCGACCUCAAGGGGUCGUCGCAGGGGCGCAGCACAGAGAAGGUGGCAGUGGAUGAGACCACUACACUGAAAGACCUCGAUUUGGACCUCUCCUUUCACAUGCCCGCCUCGUGGAGAGCCUUAAUGCACAGGUGCGUCCAUGCACCGCCGCGUCGACCUCAAGGGGUCGUCGCAGGGGCGCAGCACAGAGAAGGUGCGUCCAUGCACCGCCGCGUCGACCUCAAGGGGUCGUCGCAGGGGCGCAGCACAGAGAAGGUGGCAGUGGAUGAGACCACUACACUGAAAGACCUCGAUUUGGACCUCUCCUUUCACAUGCCCGCCUCGUGGAGAGCCUUAAUGCACAGGUGCGUCCAUGCACCGCCGCGUCGACCUCAAGGGGUCGUCGCAGGGGCGCAGCACAGAGAAGGUGCGUCCAUGCACCGCCGCGUCGACCUCAAGGGGUCGUCGCAGGGGCGCAGCACAGAGAAGGUGGCAGUGGAUGAGACCACUACACUGAAAGACCUCGAUUUGGACCUCUCCUUUCACAUGCCCGCCUCGUGGAGAGCCUUAAUGCACAGGUGCGUCCAUGCACCGCCGCGUCGACCUCAAGGGGUCGUCGCAGGGGCGCAGCACAGAGAAGGUGCGUCCAUGCACCGCCGCGUCGACCUCAAGGGGUCGUCGCAGGGGCGCAGCACAGAGAAGGUGGCAGUGGAUGAGACCACUACACUGAAAGACCUCGAUUUGGACCUCUCCUUUCACAUGCCCGCCUCGUGGAGAGCCUUAAUGCACAGGUGCGUCCAUGCACCGCCGCGUCGACCUCAAGGGGUCGUCGCAGGGGCGCAGCACAGAGAAGGUGCGUCCAUGCACCGCCGCGUCGACCUCAAGGGGUCGUCGCAGGGGCGCAGCACAGAGAAGGUGGCAGUGGAUGAGACCACUACACUGAAAGACCUCGAUUUGGACCUCUCCUUUCACAUGCCCGCCUCGUGGAGAGCCUUAAUGCACAGGUGCGUCCAUGCACUGCCGCGUCGACCUCAAGGGGUCGUCGCAGGGGCGCAGCACAGAGAAGGUGCGUCCAUGCACCGCCGCGUCGACCUCAAGGGGUCGUCGCAGGGGCGCAGCACAGAGAAGGUGGCAGUGGAUGAGACCACUACACUGAAAGACCUCGAUUUGGACCUCUCCUUUCACAUGCCCGCCUCGUGGAGAGCCUUAAUGCACAGGUGCGUCCAUGCACCGCCGCGUCGACCUCAAGGGGUCGUCGCAGGGGCGCAGCACAGAGAAGGUGCGUCCAUGCACCGCCGCGUCGACCUCAAGGGGUCGUCGCAGGGGCGCAGCACAGAGAAGGUGGCAGUGGAUGAGACCACUACACUGAAAGACCUCGAUUUGGACCUCUCCUUUCACAUGCCCGCCUCGUGGAGAGCCUUAAUGCACAGGUGCGUCCAUGCACCGCCGCGUCGACCUCAAGGGGUCGUCGCAGGGGCGCAGCACAGAGAAGGUGCGUCCAUGCACCGCCGCGUCGACCUCAAGGGGUCGUCGCAGGGGCGCAGCACAGAGAAGGUGGCAGUGGAUGAGACCACUACACUGAAAGACCUCGAUUUGGACCUCUCCUUUCACAUGCCCGCCUCGUGGAGAGCCUUAAUGCACAGGUGCGUCCAUGCACCGCCGCGUCGACCUCAAGGGGUCGUCGCAGGGGCGCAGCACAGAGAAGGUGCGUCCAUGCACCGCCGCGUCGACCUCAAGGGGUCGUCGCAGGGGCGCAGCACAGAGAAGGUGGCAGUGGAUGAGACCACUACACUGAAAGACCUCGAUUUGGACCUCUCCUUUCACAUGCCCGCCUCGUGGAGAGCCUUAAUGCACAGGUGCGUCCAUGCACCGCCGCGUCGACCUCAAGGGGUCGUCGCAGGGGCGCAGCACAGAGAAGGUGCGUCCAUGCACCGCCGCGUCGACCUCAAGGGGUCGUCGCAGGGGCGCAGCACAGAGAAGGUGGCAGUGGAUGAGACCACUACACUGAAAGACCUCGAUUUGAACCUCUCCUUUCACAUGCCCGCCUCGUGGAGAGCCUUAAUGCACAGGUGCGUCCAUGCACCGCCGCGUCGACCUCAAGGGGUCGUCGCAGGGGCGCAGCACAGAGAAGGUGCGUCCAUGCACCGCCGCGUCGACCUCAAGGGGUCGUCGCAGGGGCGCAGCACAGAGAAGGUGGCAGUGGAUGAGACCACUACACUGAAAGACCUCGAUUUGGACCUCUCCUUUCACAUGCCCGCCUCGUGGAGAGCCUUAAUGCACAGGUGCGUCCAUGCACCGCCGCGUCGACCUCAAGGGGUCGUCGCAGGGGCGCAGCACAGAGAAGGUGCGUCCAUGCACCGCCGCGUCGACCUCAAGGGGUCGUCGCAGGGGCGCAGCACAGAGAAGGUGGCAGUGGAUGAGACCACUACACUGAAAGACCUCGAUUUGGACCUCUCCUUUCACAUGCCCGCCUCGUGGAGAGCCUUAAUGCACAGGUGCGUCCAUGCACCGCCGCGUCGACCUCAAGGGGUCGUCGCAGGGGCGCAGCACAGAGAAGGUGCGUCCAUGCACCGCCGCGUCGACCUCAAGGGGUCGUCGCAGGGGCGCAGCACAGAGAAGGUGGCAGUGGAUGAGACCACUACACUGAAAGACCUCGAUUUGGACCUCUCCUUUCACAUGCCCGCCUCGUGGAGAGCCUUAAUGCACAGGUGCGUCCAUGCACCGCCGCGUCGACCUCAAGGGGUCGUCGCAGGGGCGCAGCACAGAGAAGGUGCGUCCAUGCACCGCCGCGUCGACCUCAAGGGGUCGUCGCAGGGGCGCAGCACAGAGAAGGUGGCAGUGGAUGAGACCACUACACUGAAAGACCUCGAUUUGGACCUCUCCUUUCACAUGCCCGCCUCGUGGAGAGCCUUAAUGCACAGGUGCGUCCAUGCACCGCCGCGUCGACCUCAAGGGGUCGUCGCAGGGGCGCAGCACAGAGAAGGUGCGUCCAUGCACCGCCGCGUCGACCUCAAGGGGUCGUCGCAGGGGCGCAGCACAGAGAAGGUGGCAGUGGAUGAGACCACUACACUGAAAGACCUCGAUUUGGACCUCUCCUUUCACAUGCCCGCCUCGUGGAGAGCCUUAAUGCACAGGUGCGUCCAUGCACCGCCGCGUCGACCUCAAGGGGUCGUCGCAGGGGCGCAGCACAGAGAAGGUGCGUCCAUGCACCGCCGCGUCGACCUCAAGGGGUCGUCGCAGGGGCGCAGCACAGAGAAGGUGGCAGUGGAUGAGACCACUACACUGAAAGACCUCGAUUUGGACCUCUCCUUUCACAUGCCCGCCUCGUGGAGAGCCUUAAUGCACAGGUGCGUCCAUGCACCGCCGCGUCGACCUCAAGGGGUCGUCGCAGGGGCGCAGCACAGAGAAGGUGCGUCCAUGCACCGCCGCGUCGACCUCAAGGGGUCGUCGCAGGGGCGCAGCACAGAGAAGGUGGCAGUGGAUGAGACCACUACACUGAAAGACCUCGAUUUGGACCUCUCCUUUCACAUGCCCGCCUCGUGGAGAGCCUUAAUGCACAGGUGCGUCCAUGCACCGCCGCGUCGACCUCAAGGGGUCGUCGCAGGGGCGCAGCACAGAGAAGGUGCGUCCAUGCACCGCCGCGUCGACCUCAAGGGGUCGUCGCAGGGGCGCAGCACAGAGAAGGUGGCAGUGGAUGAGACCACUACACUGAAAGACCUCGAUUUGGACCUCUCCUUUCACAUGCCCGCCUCGUGGAGAGCCUUAAUGCACAGGUGCGUCCAUGCACCGCCGCGUCGACCUCAAGGGGUCGUCGCAGGGGCGCAGCACAGAGAAGGUGCGUCCAUGCACCGCCGCGUCGACCUCAAGGGGUCGUCGCAGGGGCGCAGCACAGAGAAGGUGGCAGUGGAUGAGACCACUACACUGAAAGACCUCGAUUUGGACCUCUCCUUUCACAUGCCCGCCUCGUGGAGAGCCUUAAUGCACAGGUGCGUCCAUGCACCGCCGCGUCGACCUCAAGGGGUCGUCGCAGGGGCGCAGCACAGAGAAGGUGCGUCCAUGCACCGCCGCGUCGACCUCAAGGGGUCGUCGCAGGGGCGCAGCACAGAGAAGGUGGCAGUGGAUGAGACCACUACACUGAAAGACCUCGAUUUGGACCUCUCCUUUCACAUGCCCGCCUCGUGGAGAGCCUUAAUGCACAGGUGCGUCCAUGCACCGCCGCGUCGACCUCAAGGGGUCGUCGCAGGGGCGCAGCACAGAGAAGGUGCGUCCAUGCACCGCCGCGUCGACCUCAAGGGGUCGUCGCAGGGGCGCAGCACAGAGAAGGUGGCAGUGGAUGAGACCACUACACUGAAAGACCUCGAUUUGGACCUCUCCUUUCACAUGCCCGCCUCGUGGAGAGCCUUAAUGCACAGGUGCGUCCAUGCACCGCCGCGUCGACCUCAAGGGGUCGUCGCAGGGGCGCAGCACAGAGAAGGUGCGUCCAUGCACCGCCGCGUCGACCUCAAGGGGUCGUCGCAGGGGCGCAGCACAGAGAAGGUGGCAGUGGAUGAGACCACUACACUGAAAGACCUCGAUUUGGACCUCUCCUUUCACAUGCCCGCCUCGUGGAGAGCCUUAAUGCACAGGUGCGUCCAUGCACCGCCGCGUCGACCUCAAGGGGUCGUCGCAGGGGCGCAGCACAGAGAAGGUGCGUCCAUGCACCGCCGCGUCGACCUCAAGGGGUCGUCGCAGGGGCGCAGCACAGAGAAGGUGGCAGUGGAUGAGACCACUACACUGAAAGACCUCGAUUUGGACCUCUCCUUUCACAUGCCCGCCUCGUGGAGAGCCUUAAUGCACAGGUGCGUCCAUGCACCGCCGCGUCGACCUCAAGGGGUCGUCGCAGGGGCGCAGCACAGAGAAGGUGCGUCCAUGCACCGCCGCGUCGACCUCAAGGGGUCGUCGCAGGGGCGCAGCACAGAGAAGGUGGCAGUGGAUGAGACCACUACACUGAAAGACCUCGAUUUGGACCUCUCCUUUCACAUGCCCGCCUCGUGGAGAGCCUUAAUGCACAGCACAGAGAAGGUGGCAGUGGAUGAGACCACUACACUGAAAGACCUCGAUUUGGACCUCUCCUUUCACAUGCCCGCCUCGUGGAGAGCCUUAAUGCACAGGUGCGUCCAUGCACCGCCGCGUCGACCUCAAGGGGUCGUCGCAGGGGCGCAGCACAGAGAAGGUGCGUCCAUGCACCGCCGCGUCGACCUCAAGGGGUCGUCGCAGGGGCGCAGCACAGAGAAGGUGGCAGUGGAUGAGACCACUACACUGAAAGACCUCGAUUUGGACCUCUCCUUUCACAUGCCCGCCUCGUGGAGAGCCUUAAUGCACAGGUGCGUCCAUGCACCGCCGCGUCGACCUCAAGGGGUCGUCGCAGGGGCGCAGCACAGAGAAGGUGCGUCCAUGCACCGCCGCGUCGACCUCAAGGGGUCGUCGCAGGGGCGCAGCACAGAGAAGGUGGCAGUGGAUGAGACCACUACACUGAAAGACCUCGAUUUGGACCUCUCCUUUCACAUGCCCGCCUCGUGGAGAGCCUUAAUGCACAGGUGCGUCCAUGCACCGCCGCGUCGACCUCAAGGGGUCGUCGCAGGGGCGGAGCACAGAGAAGGUGCGUCCAUGCACCGCCGCGUCGACCUCAAGGGGUCGUCGCAGGGGCGCAGCACAGAGAAGGUGGCAGUGGAUGAGACCACUACACUGAAAGACCUCGAUUUGGACCUCUCCUUUCACAUGCCCGCCUCGUGGAGAGCCUUAAUGCACAGGUGCGUCCAUGCACCGCCGCGUCGACCUCAAGGGGUCGUCGCAGGGGCGCAGCACAGAGAAGGUGCGUCCAUGCACCGCCGCGUCGACCUCAAGGGGUCGUCGCAGGGGCGCAGCACAGAGAAGGUGGCAGUGGAUGAGACCACUACACUGAAAGACCUCGAAUUGGACCUCUCCUUUCACAUGCCCGCCUCGUGGAGAGCCUUAAUGCACAGGUGCGUCCAUGCACCGCCGCGUCGACCUCAAGGGGUCGUCGCAGGGGCGCAGCACAGAGAAGGUGCGUCCAUGCACCGCCGCGUCGACCUCAAGGGGUCGUCGCAGGGGCGCAGCACAGAGAAGGUGGCAGUGGAUGAGACCACUACACUGAAAGACCUCGAUUUGGACCUCUCCUUUCACAUGCCCGCCUCGUGGAGAGCCUUAAUGCACAGGUGCGUCCAUGCACCGCCGCGUCGACCUCAAGGGGUCGUCGCAGGGGCGCAGCACAGAGAAGGUGCGUCCAUGCACCGCCGCGUCGACCUCAAGGGGUCGUCGCAGGGGCGCAGCACAGAGAAGGUGGCAGUGGAUGAGACCACUACACUGAAAGACCUCGAUUUGGACCUCUCCUUUCACAUGCCCGCCUCGUGGAGAGCCUUAAUGCACAGGUGCGUCCAUGCACCGCCGCGUCGACCUCAAGGGGUCGUCGCAGGGGCGCAGCACAGAGAAGGUGCGUCCAUGCACCGCCGCGUCGACCUCAAGGGGUCGUCGCAGGGGCGCAGCACAGAGAAGGUGGCAGUGGAUGAGACCACUACACUGAAAGACCUCGAUUUGGACCUCUCCUUUCACAUGCCCGCCUCGUGGAGAGCCUUAAUGCACAGGUGCGUCCAUGCACCGCCGCGUCGACCUCAAGGGGUCGUCGCAGGGGCGCAGCACAGAGAAGGUGCGUCCAUGCACCGCCGCGUCGACCUCAAGGGGUCGUCGCAGGGGCGCAGCACAGAGAAGGUGGCAGUGGAUGAGACCACUACACUGAAAGACCUCGAUUUGGACCUCUCCUUUCACAUGCCCGCCUCGUGGAGAGCCUUAAUGCACAGGUGCGUCCAUGCACCGCCGCGUCGACCUCAAGGGGUCGUCGCAGGGGCGCAGCACAGAGAAGGUGCGUCCAUGCACCGCCGCGUCGACCUCAAGGGGUCGUCGCAGGGGCGCAGCACAGAGAAGGUGGCAGUGGAUGAGACCACUACACUGAAAGACCUCGAUUUGGACCUCUCCUUUCACAUGCCCGCCUCGUGGAGAGCCUUAAUGCACAGGUGCGUCCAUGCACCGCCGCGUCGACCUCAAGGGGUCGUCGCAGGGGCGCAGCACAGAGAAGGUGCGUCCAUGCACCGCCGCGUCGACCUCAAGGGGUCGUCGCAGGGGCGCAGCACAGAGAAGGUGGCAGUGGAUGAGACCACUACACUGAAAGACCUCGAUUUGGACCUCUCCUUUCACAUGCCCGCCUCGUGGAGAGCCUUAAUGCACAGGUGCGUCCAUGCACCGCCGCGUCGACCUCAAGGGGUCGUCGCAGGGGCGCAGCACAGAGAAGGUGCGUCCAUGCACCGCCGCGUCGACCUCAAGGGGUCGUCGCAGGGGCGCAGCACAGAGAAGGUGGCAGUGGAUGAGACCACUACACUGAAAGACCUCGAUUUGGACCUCUCCUUUCACAUGCCCGCCUCGUGGAGAGCCUUAAUGCACAGGUGCGUCCAUGCACCGCCGCGUCGACCUCAAGGGGUCGUCGCAGGGGCGCAGCACAGAGAAGGUGCGUCCAUGCACCGCCGCGUCGACCUCAAGGGGUCGUCGCAGGGGCGCAGCACAGAGAAGGUGGCAGUGGAUGAGACCACUACACUGAAAGACCUCGAUUUGGACCUCUCCUUUCACAUGCCCGCCUCGUGGAGAGCCUUAAUGCACAGGUGCGUCCAUGCACCGCCGCGUCGACCUCAAGGGGUCGUCGCAGGGGCGCAGCACAGAGAAGGUGCGUCCAUGCACCGCCGCGUCGACCUCAAGGGGUCGUCGCAGGGGCGCAGCACAGAGAAGGUGGCAGUGGAUGAGACCACUACACUGAAAGACCUCGAUUUGGACCUCUCCUUUCACAUGCCCGCCUCGUGGAGAGCCUUAAUGCACAGGUGCGUCCAUGCACCGCCGCGUCGACCUCAAGGGGUCGUCGCAGGGGCGCAGCACAGAGAAGGUGCGUCCAUGCACCGCCGCGUCGACCUCAAGGGGUCGUCGCAGGGGCGCAGCACAGAGAAGGUGGCAGUGGAUGAGACCACUACACUGAAAGACCUCGAUUUGGACCUCUCCUUUCACAUGCCCGCCUCGUGGAGAGCCUUAAUGCACAGGUGCGUCCAUGCACCGCCGCGUCGACCUCAAGGGGUCGUCGCAGGGGCGCAGCACAGAGAAGGUGCGUCCAUGCACCGCCGCGUCGACCUCAAGGGGUCGUCGCAGGGGCGCAGCACAGAGAAGGUGGCAGUGGAUGAGACCACUACACUGAAAGACCUCGAUUUGGACCUCUCCUUUCACAUGCCCGCCUCGUGGAGAGCCUUAAUGCACAGGUGCGUCCAUGCACCGCCGCGUCGACCUCAAGGGGUCGUCGCAGGGGCGCAGCACAGAGAAGGUGCGUCCAUGCACCGCCGCGUCGACCUCAAGGGGUCGUCGCAGGGGCGCAGCACAGAGAAGGUGGCAGUGGAUGAGACCACUACACUGAAAGACCUCGAUUUGGACCUCUCCUUUCACAUGCCCGCCUCGUGGAGAGCCUUAAUGCACAGGUGCGUCCAUGCACCGCCGCGUCGACCUCAAGGGGUCGUCGCAGGGGCGCAGCACAGAGAAGGUGCGUCCAUGCACCGCCGCGUCGACCUCAAGGGGUCGUCGCAGGGGCGCAGCACAGAGAAGGUGGCAGUGGAUGAGACCACUACACUGAAAGACCUCGAUUUGGACCUCUCCUUUCACAUGCCCGCCUCGUGGAGAGCCUUAAUGCACAGGUGCGUCCAUGCACCGCCGCGUCGACCUCAAGGGGUCGUCGCAGGGGCGCAGCACAGAGAAGGUGCGUCCAUGCACCGCCGCGUCGACCUCAAGGGGUCGUCGCAGGGGCGCAGCACAGAGAAGGUGGCAGUGGAUGAGACCACUACACUGAAAGACCUCGAUUUGGACCUCUCCUUUCACAUGCCCGCCUCGUGGAGAGCCUUAAUGCACAGGUGCGUCCAUGCACCGCCGCGUCGACCUCAAGGGGUCGUCGCAGGGGCGCAGCACAGAGAAGGUGCGUCCAUGCACCGCCGCGUCGACCUCAAGGGGUCGUCGCAGGGGCGCAGCACAGAGAAGGUGGCAGUGGAUGAGACCACUACACUGAAAGACCUCGAUUUGGACCUCUCCUUUCACAUGCCCGCCUCGUGGAGAGCCUUAAUGCACAGGUGCGUCCAUGCACCGCCGCGUCGACCUCAAGGGGUCGUCGCAGGGGCGCAGCACAGAGAAGGUGCGUCCAUGCACCGCCGCGUCGACCUCAAGGGGUCGUCGCAGGGGCGCAGCACAGAGAAGGUGGCAGUGGAUGAGACCACUACACUGAAAGACCUCGAUUUGGACCUCUCCUUUCACAUGCCCGCCUCGUGGAGAGCCUUAAUGCACAGGUGCGUCCAUGCACCGCCGCGUCGACCUCAAGGGGUCGUCGCAGGGGCGCAGCACAGAGAAGGUGCGUCCAUGCACCGCCGCGUCGACCUCAAGGGGUCGUCGCAGGGGCGCAGCACAGAGAAGGUGGCAGUGGAUGAGACCACUACACUGAAAGACCUCGAUUUGGACCUCUCCUUUCACAUGCCCGCCUCGUGGAGAGCCUUAAUGCACAGGUGCGUCCAUGCACCGCCGCGUCGACCUCAAGGGGUCGUCGCAGGGGCGCAGCACAGAGAAGGUGCGUCCAUGCACCGCCGCGUCGACCUCAAGGGGUCGUCGCAGGGGCGCAGCACAGAGAAGGUGGCAGUGGAUGAGACCACUACACUGAAAGACCUCGAUUUGGACCUCUCCUUUCACAUGCCCGCCUCGUGGAGAGCCUUAAUGCACAGGUGCGUCCAUGCACCGCCGCGUCGACCUCAAGGGGUCGUCGCAGGGGCGCAGCACAGAGAAGGUGCGUCCAUGCACCGCCGCGUCGACCUCAAGGGGUCGUCGCAGGGGCGCAGCACAGAGAAGGUGGCAGUGGAUGAGACCACUACACUGAAAGACCUCGAUUUGGACCUCUCCUUUCACAUGCCCGCCUCGUGGAGAGCCUUAAUGCACAGGUGCGUCCAUGCACCGCCGCGUCGACCUCAAGGGGUCGUCGCAGGGGCGCAGCACAGAGAAGGUGCGUCCAUGCACCGCCGCGUCGACCUCAAGGGGUCGUCGCAGGGGCGCAGCACAGAGAAGGUGGCAGUGGAUGAGACCACUACACUGAAAGACCUCGAUUUGGACCCCUCCUUUCACAUGCCCGCCUCGUGGAGAGCCUUAAUGCACAGGUGCGUCCAUGCACCGCCGCGUCGACCUCAAGGGGUCGUCGCAGGGGCGCAGCACAGAGAAGGUGCGUCCAUGCACCGCCGCGUCGACCUCAAGGGGUCGUCGCAGGGGCGCAGCACAGAGAAGGUGGCAGUGGAUGAGACCACUACACUGAAAGACCUCGAUUUGGACCUCUCCUUUCACAUGCCCGCCUCGUGGAGAGCCUUAAUGCACAGGUGCGUCCAUGCACCGCCGCGUCGACCUCAAGGGGUCGUCGCAGGGGCGCAGCACAGAGAAGGUGCGUCCAUGCACCGCCGCGUCGACCUCAAGGGGUCGUCGCAGGGGCGCAGCACAGAGAAGGUGGCAGUGGAUGAGACCACUACACUGAAAGACCUCGAUUUGGACCUCUCCUUUCACAUGCCCGCCUCGUGGAGAGCCUUAAUGCACAGGUGCGUCCAUGCACCGCCGCGUCGACCUCAAGGGGUCGUCGCAGGGGCGCAGCACAGAGAAGGUGCGUCCAUGCACCGCCGCGUCGACCUCAAGGGGUCGUCGCAGGGGCGCAGCACAGAGAAGGUGGCAGUGGAUGAGACCACUACACUGAAAGACCUCGAUUUGGACCUCUCCUUUCACAUGCCCGCCUCGUGGAGAGCCUUAAUGCACAGGUGCGUCCAUGCACCGCCGCGUCGACCUCAAGGGGUCGUCGCAGGGGCGCAGCACAGAGAAGGUGCGUCCAUGCACCGCCGCGUCGACCUCAAGGGGUCGUCGCAGGGGCGCAGCACAGAGAAGGUGGCAGUGGAUGAGACCACUACACUGAAAGACCUCGAUUUGGACCUCUCCUUUCACAUGCCCGCCUCGUGGAGAGCCUUAAUGCACAGGUGCGUCCAUGCACCGCCGCGUCGACCUCAAGGGGUCGUCGCAGGGGCGCAGCACAGAGAAGGUGCGUCCAUGCACCGCCGCGUCGACCUCAAGGGGUCGUCGCAGGGGCGCAGCACAGAGAAGGUGGCAGUGGAUGAGACCACUACACUGAAAGACCUCGAUUUGGACCUCUCCUUUCACAUGCCCGCCUCGUGGAGAGCCUUAAUGCACAGGUGCGUCCAUGCACCGCCGCGUCGACCUCAAGGGGUCGUCGCAGGGGCGCAGCACAGAGAAGGUGCGUCCAUGCACCGCCGCGUCGACCUCAAGGGGUCGUCGCAGGGGCGCAGCACAGAGAAGGUGGCAGUGGAUGAGACCACUACACUGAAAGACCUCGAUUUGGACCCCUCCUUUCACAUGCCCGCCUCGUGGAGAGCCUUAAUGCACAGGUGCGUCCAUGCACCGCCGCGUCGACCUCAAGGGGUCGUCGCAGGGGCGCAGCACAGAGAAGGUGCGUCCAUGCACCGCCGCGUCGACCUCAAGGGGUCGUCGCAGGGGCGCAGCACAGAGAAGGUGGCAGUGGAUGAGACCACUACACUGAAAGACCUCGAUUUGGACCUCUCCUUUCACAUGCCCGCCUCGUGGAGAGCCUUAAUGCACAGGUGCGUCCAUGCACCGCCGCGUCGACCUCAAGGGGUCGUCGCAGGGGCGCAGCACAGAGAAGGUGCGUCCAUGCACCGCCGCGUCGACCUCAAGGGGUCGUCGCAGGGGCGCAGCACAGAGAAGGUGGCAGUGGAUGAGACCACUACACUGAAAGACCUCGAUUUGGACCUCUCCUUUCACAUGCCCGCCUCGUGGAGAGCCUUAAUGCACAGGUGCGUCCAUGCACCGCCGCGUCGACCUCAAGGGGUUGUCGCAGGGGCGCAGCACAGAGAAGGUGCGUCCAUGCACCGCCGCGUCGACCUCAAGGGGUCGUUGCAGGGGCGCAGCACAGAGAAGGUGGCAGUGGAUGAGACCACUACACUGAAAGACCUCGAUUUGGACCUCUCCUUUCACAUGCCCGCCUCGUGGAGAGCCUUAAUGCACAGGUGCGUCCAUGCACCGCCGCGUCGACCUCAAGGGGUCGUCGCAGGGGCGCAGCACAGAGAAGGUGCGUCCAUGCACCGCCGCGUCGACCUCAAGGGGUCGUCGCAGGGGCGCAGCACAGAGAAGGUGGCAGUGGAUGAGACCACUACACUGAAAGACCUCGAUUUGGACCUCUCCUUUCACAUGCCCGCCUCGUGGAGAGCCUUAAUGCACAGGUGCGUCCAUGCACCGCCGCGUCGACCUCAAGGGGUCGUCGCAGGGGCGCAGCACAGAGAAGGUGCGUCCAUGCACCGCCGCGUCGACCUCAAGGGGUCGUCGCAGGGGCGCAGCACAGAGAAGGUGGCAGUGGAUGAGACCACUACACUGAAAGACCUCGAUUUGGACCUCUCCUUUCACAUGCCCGCCUCGUGGAGAGCCUUAAUGCACAGGUGCGUCCAUGCACCGCCGCGUCGACCUCAAGGGGUCGUCGCAGGGGCGCAGCACAGAGAAGGUGCGUCCAUGCACCGCCGCGUCGACCUCAAGGGGUCGUCGCAGGGGCGCAGCACAGAGAAGGUGGCAGUGGAUGAGACCACUACACUGAAAGACAUCGAUUUGGACCUCUCCUUUCACAUGCCCGCCUCGUGGAGAGCCUUAAUGCACAGGUGCGUCCAUGCACCGCCGCGUCGACCUCAAGGGGUCGUCGCAGGGGCGCAGCACAGAGAAGGUGCGUCCAUGCACCGCCGCGUCGACCUCAAGGGGUCGUCGCAGGGGCGCAGCACAGAGAAGGUGGCAGUGGAUGAGACCACUACACUGAAAGACCUCGAUUUGGACCUCUCCUUUCACAUGCCCGCCUCGUGGAGAGCCUUAAUGCACAGGUGCGUCCAUGCACCGCCGCGUCGACCUCAAGGGGUCGUCGCAGGGGCGCAGCACAGAGAAGGUGCGUCCAUGCACCGCCGCGUCGACCUCAAGGGGUCGUCGCAGGGGCGCAGCACAGAGAAGGUGGCAGUGGAUGAGACCACUACACUGAAAGACCUCGAUUUGGACCUCUCCUUUCACAUGCCCGCCUCGUGGAGAGCCUUAAUGCACAGGUGCGUCCAUGCACCGCCGCGUCGACCUCAAGGGGUCGUCGCAGGGGCGCAGCACAGAGAAGGUGCGUCCAUGCACCGCCGCGUCGACCUCAAGGGGUCGUCGCAGGGGCGCAGCACAGAGAACGUGGCAGUGGAUGAGACCACUACACUGAAAGACCUCGAUUUGGACCUCUCCUUUCACAUGCCCGCCUCGUGGAGAGCCUUAAUGCACAGGUGCGUCCAUGCACCGCCGCGUCGACCUCAAGGGGUCGUCGCAGGGGCGCAGCACAGAGAAGGUGCGUCCAUGCACCGCCGCGUCGACCUCAAGGGGUCGUCGCAGGGGCGCAGCACAGAGAAGGUGGCAGUGGAUGAGACCACUACACUGAAAGACCUCGAUUUGGACCUCUCCUUUCACAUGCCCGCCUCGUGGAGAGCCUUAAUGCACAGGUGCGUCCAUGCACCGCCGCGUCGACCUCAAGGGGUCGUCGCAGGGGCGCAGCACAGAGAAGGUGCGUCCAUGCACCGCCGCGUCGACCUCAAGGGGUCGUCGCAGGGGCGCAGCACAGAGAAGGUGGCAGUGGAUGAGACCACUACACUGAAAGACCUCGAUUUGGACCUCUCCUUUCACAUGCCCGCCUCGUGGAGAGCCUUAAUGCACAGGUGCGUCCAUGCACCGCCGCGUCGACCUCAAGGGGUCGUCGCAGGGGCGCAGCACAGAGAAGGUGCGUCCAUGCACCGCCGCGUCGACCUCAAGGGGUCGUCGCAGGGGCGCAGCACAGAGAAGGUGGCAGUGGAUGAGACCACUACACUGAAAGACCUCGAUUUGGACCUCUCCUUUCACAUGCCCGCCUCGUGGAGAGCCUUAAUGCACAGGUGCGUCCAUGCACCGCCGCGUCGACCUCAAGGGGUCGUCGCAGGGGCGCAGCACAGAGAAGGUGCGUCCAUGCACCGCCGCGUCGACCUCAAGGGGUCGUCGCAGGGGCGCAGCACAGAGAAGGUGGCAGUGGAUGAGACCACUACACUGAAAGACCUCGAUUUGGACCUCUCCUUUCACAUGCCCGCCUCGUGGAGAGCCUUAAUGCACAGGUGCGUCCAUGCACCGCCGCGUCGACCUCAAGGGGUCGUCGCAGGGGCGCAGCACAGAGAAGGUGCGUCCAUGCACCGCCGCGUCGACCUCAAGGGGUCGUCGCAGGGGCGCAGCACAGAGAAGGUGGCAGUGGAUGAGACCACUACACUGAAAGACCUCGAUUUGGACCUCUCCUUUCACAUGCCCGCCUCGUGGAGAGCCUUAAUGCACAGGUGCGUCCAUGCACCGCCGCGUCGACCUCAAGGGGUCGUCGCAGGGGCGCAGCACAGAGAAGGUGCGUCCAUGCACCGCCGCGUCGACCUCAAGGGGUCGUCGCAGGGGCGCAGCACAGAGAAGGUGGCAGUGGAUGAGACCACUACACUGAAAGACCUCGAUUUGGACCUCUCCUUUCACAUGCCCGCCUCGUGGAGAGCCUUAAUGCACAGGUGCGUCCAUGCACCGCCGCGUCGACCUCAAGGGGUCGUCGCAGGGGCGCAGCACAGAGAAGGUGCGUCCAUGCACCGCCGCGUCGACCUCAAGGGGUCGUCGCAGGGGCGCAGCACAGAGAAGGUGGCAGUGGAUGAGACCACUACACUGAAAGACCUCGAUUUGGACCUCUCCUUUCACAUGCCCGCCUCGUGGAGAGCCUUAAUGCACAGGUGCGUCCAUGCACCGCCGCGUCGACCUCAAGGGGUCGUCGCAGGGGCGCAGCACAGAGAAGGUGCGUCCAUGCACCGCCGCGUCGACCUCAAGGGGUCGUCGCAGGGGCGCAGCACAGAGAAGGUGGCAGUGGAUGAGACCACUACACUGAAAGACCUCGAUUUGGACCUCUCCUUUCACAUGCCCGCCUCGUGGAGAGCCUUAAUGCACAGGUGCGUCCAUGCACCGCCGCGUCGACCUCAAGGGGUCGUCGCAGGGGCGCAGCACAGAGAAGGUGCGUCCAUGCACCGCCGCGUCGACCUCAAGGGGUCGUCGCAGGGGCGCAGCACAGAGAAGGUGGCAGUGGAUGAGACCACUACACUGAAAGACCUCGAUUUGGACCUCUCCUUUCACAUGCCCGCCUCGUGGAGAGCCUUAAUGCACAGGUGCGUCCAUGCACCGCCGCGUCGACCUCAAGGGGUCGUCGCAGGGGCGCAGCACAGAGAAGGUGCGUCCAUGCACCGCCGCGUCGACCUCAAGGGGUCGUCGCAGGGGCGCAGCACAGAGAAGGUGGCAGUGGAUGAGACCACUACACUGAAAGACCUCGAUUUGGACCUCUCCUUUCACAUGCCCGCCUCGUGGAGAGCCUUAAUGCACAGGUGCGUCCAUGCACCGCCGCGUCGACCUCAAGGGGUCGUCGCAGGGGCGCAGCACAGAGAAGGUGCGUCCAUGCACCGCCGCGUCGACCUCAAGGGGUCGUCGCAGGGGCGCAGCACAGAGAAGGUGGCAGUGGAUGAGACCACUACACUGAAAGACCUCGAUUUGGACCUCUCCUUUCACAUGCCCGCCUCGUGGAGAGCCUUAAUGCACAGGUGCGUCCAUGCACCGCCGCGUCGACCUCAAGGGGUCGUCGCAGGGGCGCAGCACAGAGAAGGUGCGUCCAUGCACCGCCGCGUCGACCUCAAGGGGUCGUCGCAGGGGCGCAGCACAGAGAAGGUGGCAGUGGAUGAGACCACUACACUGAAAGACCUCGAUUUGGACCUCUCCUUUCACAUGCCCGCCUCGUGGAGAGCCUUAAUGCACAGGUGCGUCCAUGCACCGCCGCGUCGACCUCAAGGGGUCGUCGCAGGGGCGCAGCACAGAGAAGGUGCGUCCAUGCACCGCCGCGUCGACCUCAAGGGGUCGUCGCAGGGGCGCAGCACAGAGAAGGUGGCAAUGGAUGAGACCACUACACUGAAAGACCUCGAUUUGGACCUCUCCUUUCACAUGCCCGCCUCGUGGAGAGCCUUAAUGCACAGGUGCGUCCAUGCACCGCCGCGUCGACCUCAAGGGGUCGUCGCAGGGGCGCAGCACAGAGAAGGUGCGUCCAUGCACCGCCGCGUCGACCUCAAGGGGUCGUCGCAGGGGCGCAGCACAGAGAAGGUGGCAGUGGAUGAGACCACUACACUGAAAGACCUCGAUUUGGACCCCUCCUUUCACAUGCCCGCCUCGUGGAGAGCCUUAAUGCACAGCACGGAGAAAGUGGCUGUGGACGAGACCACCACGCUGAAAGACCUCGACCUGAGUUUUCACAUGCCCGCCUCGUGGCGAGCGCUCAUGCACAGGUGGGCUGGUUUGGGUGAGUGUAAGAGCGUGAGAAUGCGGCCAUGCACAGCCUCACAGCCUCACAGCCUCUCCUCGCCCUCCACGCUCACCCGCUUUGUGGUGAUGGCCAAUGUGUUUGACACCGACUUGCGCAUGCAUAGACGGCAAAUCGCCCUGGACACGGCGUUCCUGCGCGCAGCGCAUUAUGGACUAGAGCCUGCUGCUGGGGGUGCGUGCACCAUGCACGUUCGAACCCCCCCCAUCCAAUUCCCUCAUUCCCCAUUGCUUUUCGCCUCCCGCCAGGCAAAUCGCACUGGACACGGCGUUCCUGCAGAGGCAGCGCAUUAUGGACUACAGCCUGCUGCUGGGGCUGCUGCAGCCACAGAAGUGGAGGCUGGGGAGGACCAAUCAGGCGGCGACACGUCAGCAGUAGAUGACACGUCAGCAGGAGAAGCCGCCCUGAGUGCCACCUCGACUUCGUUCCCCAACUCCUUCCGCCAGUCUCCCUUCAAACCACCCCCCUCUCUCCCUCCCGCUCCCUGCCUUUAG